GGGGGGUGGCACAACUCCCACAAUGCAAUACGAUUUUCACCUGAGCUAAACUGAGUUACAUUAGCUAGCUAGCUAGCUGCACAUCUGAGAGUGAAUAACUUUAAACACAUCUCUGAGAUUACUCAUCUGAUUCCUCCGCGACUUGUUGUUCCUGUUUACCUGUCUGUGUGGAGAUAUUCAAGGACUGGCUCGCUCGUUGUAUGUGUCCAGCCUCCCAGCCUGUGGCUGUGGGAUCAGGACUUCAGGUUAAGAUGGAUUCAGAAUAUGAACAUCGCCUCCUUCGCCAAAUCAACAUUCAAAAUGACAACUUGAGCCCUGUUAAACUGCCACAGAGUCUGCGCAGCCAGACACCCACCGGCUCCCCGUUAUCUUCACCCAGUAAGCUUGGAGACAGAUUCAUUCCAACCAGAGCGGGGGCAAACUGGAGCAUCAACUUCCACAGGAUCAAUGAAAAUGAGAAGUCACCAAGUCAGAACAGGAAAACAAAGGAUGCCUCUUCUGAUAACAUUAAAGCAGAUGGGCUGGCCUACUCUGCUCUGCUGAAGAAUGAGCUGCUGGGAGCGGGAAUAGAUAAAAUCCAGGACCCUCAGACAGAGGACCGGCGUCUACAGCCAUCGACUCCAGAAAAGAGAAGUCUCUUCAAUUAUUCACUCAAUACCAAGAGGUCGUCACCAGAUGAAGGCACCAACAUCUCCCCCUACUCUCUAUCACCUGUCAGCAACAAAAGUCAGAAAUUGUUGCGUUCACCCAGAAAGCCAACUCGCAAGAUCUCAAAGAUCCCUUUUAAAGUCCUGGAUGCUCCAGAGCUGCAGGAUGACUUUUACCUCAACUUGGUGGACUGGUCGUCUCUCAACGUGCUAAGUGUCGGGCUGGGUACAUGUGUUUACCUGUGGAGUGCCUGUACCAGCCAGGUAACAAGAUUGUGUGAUUUAUCAGUGGAGGGAGACUCAGUCACGUCAGUCGGGUGGUCCGAAAGGGGUAACCUGGUGGCAGUGGGGACUCACAAAGGCUUUGUUCAGAUCUGGGAUGCUGGUGCUGGGAAGAAACUCUUUGCCCUGGAAGGACACACAGCUAGAGUUGGAGCGUUAGCAUGGAAUGCAGACCAAUUGUCUUCGGGAAGCCGUGAUCGUAUGAUUCUUCAGAGAGAUGUGCGGACCCCUCCACUCCAGUCAGAGAGACGGCUGCAGGGACACAGACAGGAAGUGUGUGGCUUAAAGUGGAGCACUGACCAUCAGCUGCUCGCUUCUGGUGGCAACGACAACAAGCUGCUGGUUUGGAACCACUCCUCGCUGAGCCCAGUGCAAACAUACAUGGAUCACCUGGCUGCGGUGAAAGCCAUCGCCUGGUCCCCCCACCAGCACGGCCUACUGGCCUCCGGGGGCGGCACUGCUGACCGCUGCAUCCGAUUCUGGAACACGUUGACCUCACAGCCGCUGCAGUGCAUGGAUACCGGAUCUCAGGUCUGCAACCUGGCCUGGUCCAAGCAUGCUAAUGAGCUGGUGAGCACUCAUGGCUACUCUCAGAACCAGAUCUUGGUGUGGAAAUAUCCAGCUCUCACUCAGGUUGCCAAACUCACCGGACACUCCUACAGAGUGCUCUACCUGGCAAUGUCCCCGGAUGGUGAGGCGAUUGUGACGGGAGCUGGAGAUGAGACUCUACGCUUCUGGAACGUAUUCAGUAAAACAAGGUCAACUAAGGAAUCUGUAUCAGUUUUAAAUCUCUUCACCAGGAUACGAUAACUUUAAGCAAAUAUUAAAACUCUAAAACUCUAAUUUGAGUGGAUCCUGGUGUCACCACUGGAUAGCUCAUCAACAUGGUGCUAAGGACAUACAGUACAAUCUUGUGACAUUUUUUCACAGAGGAAAUGGCAGCAAGAACAACGGAGCACUUUUUUUUCAUGGUAACAAUUGUUUGGGAAAUUAUUUUUGACUUUUGUGCUCCCGUCAUGAAUGUAGUCUUUUUUUUUUUUUUUAUGAAAAAAAUGUAUAAGGAGGAUGAUUUGUUUUCUAUUCACAACAAGAAAUUAUAGGCCUUACUAAAAAAUAUUAUGUUGUGGAAUCUUAAAUGUGGAGAGAGCAUUUUUAGUUUUUGUUUAACUCAGGUCUUAUUUAUUUAACGCUGCCGUGAAAUCCAUUACAGUGAAAGCGGCAAUGGCUUCAAUGGGAAAAAUGCCAUUACAUAUUAUGACUAAAACAUAAAAACUAAACAUAAUCACCUGCUAAGGCCUUUACAGUAUGUGCACCAUGUUUACUGUGAUCCUUAGAGUACUAAGGUUGAGAGUGGUUGGCUGAAAUAAUGCAGUUUUGCUCCUGUGGAUAGAAAGUCUAAUGCUGUGCAUCUAGACAUUUACUACACAGUUGAUUCUUUGUAGUAAAGGAAGAAAUAAAAGAUGAUGGAUCUGAA